CUGACUGCCUCACAUUAUUCAUUUAUUAAAAUGCAAGAUGGUGCCUUCUCUUAUUAUCUAACUGGAUAAUUGUAAGCAAUUAAACGUUUUUUGAUUGGACAGCUGGAUCGAAGGGCUUUUGGCAGGGCAGGGGCACAUUGACUUUCUACCAAUCAAGUCCUUGUCUAGAUACAAACAGGCUGGAAAAUUCCUCAGGACACAAUAGACAAAAUCAAGUGAAAUUGUUGUUGUUUUUUGCAUACGCAUUUAAGCAUUAAAAUAUUGAGAUUAUAAUAUCGAAGAGAAGAGAUUAUAAUAUUGACCUAGGGGUGUUUGCACGGGGAAGGAACUACGGAAAUGGCUGAAGAAGCUGAUUUCGCCACAUUGAUGGAUGUGGAAAGGAAUACAAUUACAGAAGUCCACUCGCAAGUGGUUGAAAUCAUUGCCGGUUGUGGGGAUAGCAGUACCAUCACUGAACUUGAGAUUGCUGGAGCUGUGGUAACUGACAUGCUUGAAGAGGCUCAUAUUGUUGCAUCUGAGACUGUUGGCAAUACAGGCCCAUCUGACUCUGAUGCUCAAGAAAGUGAAAACAAGCAUGCCCUUGGAAAUGACAUGAAUACUAUCAAACCCGAUUUCGACGCUGAUGUGAUUGUUCCAGAAGCCAAAGUUGAUGUCGGCAAACCCUUCACUGAAGCCGAUGGCUCUGCUAUUGACACUGGUGGGUCCCAUGAGGUACUUACUCCAUCAGACCCAGAUGCCCAGACUGAGACACCAGCAGAAGAUCCAGUAGAAACGGAGGCUGUCAAUGAUGCCAGCAACACCACUGAUGAACCAGUACCUGACACAAAGGGACUUGGUCAUGACGCAACAUCUGUUUUCAGCAAUGAAACAAACACAGCAAUUACCACACUGGAUGUAAGUGCAAGUGAAGCAGACAGAAGUGUCAGGGAAACACUUUCUGUAGAUCAGGAAGAAAAGAAAACUGAUGAGGAAAGCUCUCUUUUUGAAUCCCAAACACAGCAAAGCUCUGAGGACAAUUCAGAAGAAGCACUGGAAGAGACUUCAGGCCCUGAGCCUGUUACGUCUGCAACAACUGAAAAACUGCAGGUGGAAGUCUUCGUGCCCGAGAGGGCGCUGGCGGUGCCUCUCACCCCGAACAAAGAGGAAUGCCAGGAAAAUGGCGCUGCUUUGGUGGAGCCCGAGCUGUCGCCGCAGGACACAGAGGCCGCCUUUGUGGCACCCGAGGUAGAGAACUCCGAAGAGCCAGAUAGCAGCGAGAACGAGGAGCUCCUGAACGAGAUCCAAGAUGAAAACGGCGUGGAGUCCGGGGAUGAGACGCAGCAGGAAAAUGGCUCGCAGAGCCCUGUCGCCAGUGCACAGGCUUCAGGUGAAAUACCCAGUAGUGGGAAGAAGCCUGACAUUAACAGGCACAGCUAUUCCAAGUACAACACAGUGUCCUAUCGCAAAAUCAGAAAAGGAAACACCAAACAAAGAAUCGAUGAGUUUGAGUCGAUGAUGCACAUCUAAAUGUAAAACAAAAUUCGGGGGGUGGAGAAACCUUUACUAGCAGCUAAGAGGUGGGAUAAAACAAUAUUAUUAUACUUGAAAACAUAAUAGAAUAAUAGAAUGUUAUCAUUCAUAUUACAACCUGGCAUGCAGUUAUAGUGCAAAAUAACUACUGGAAUAUUAAUUUUUAGUCCAGAAAUACACUAGAUUGUAUUCAGAUUUGUCCCACAGAAGCUGUUAAAGGAUUGACAAUUAGCCGUUAGGUAGAGGGUUAGUUAUAUCAUUCCAUGUUCAUAUUGUGUAUGUGAUAAUGACAUGGUUCAUGGUGUGAUAUUAUCUGCUGUUGCUAAUGUUUUGAAUGAACUUCUUAAAAGCAAUAAAUGAAAGUGGAAAUGCAUAGGAGAAGUAAACCAUUGUGCAUAAAUCUGGAAGUCAAGUAUAUGAAGUAUAUACUCAUGAUUAGAACAGCAACAAUAGUUAAUAACUUAAGCAGAACUGAAAAUGAUUGAAGCAGAACUCCUUGUGACAUAGGUAUAAUCAAAAUAAGAAAGAAAAUGCAGGUAUAAAAUAGUCCUUUCUUUAAGGAUUUACAAAUGAAUUAAGAAUGUAAUGUGAAUAACUCAAGGCCUUCUCUUUCAUACAUGAUGAAAGUAACAAAAUCUGUACUAUAAAUGAUCCAAUAAUAACAACAGUAUAGGAUCGUAAAAAUUGUUGAUUGUCUUAACACGAGUACUUUGGAUAGAUCUGUUUGUUGACAGUGUCACAUCCUCCAAAGAUACAUAGUACGACUGGAUCAGCAACUUAUGUUGACCAGCACCAUAAAUUGAACUGCAUGUUCCAUGAAUACACUUCAGAUUGACUCUUUGUAACCUUUAAAAAUUUAACAAAUAUAAUCUCUUUAUUCUUAAUAAAAGGAUUAGAUGCAAAGAUAGAAUAGACACUACAAAUUUAAUAUACAGUAUAUUAUUAAGGAGGUAAUUACAAUCUGUAAUUUAUUCAAAAAAGAAAAUUAGAGGUCGAUAAUCCUACUUGUUAACCCAAAUACCAAGCUGACCUUUAGUGUUUGGUAACAACUGUGACUGGCUGAGUUCCUGCAGACCAUGCUCUUGCAGACCAUGCAGAUACAUUGCAGAGACCAAGCUUAGAUUUCUAUUGAGCCUAUGCCUAGUAAGAAACAAUUGCAUGGAACUAAUUAAGCAUGACAAUGAACUGUUUGAUACUUAGCUGAAACAUAAUAGCAAUAACUUCCCUUUGAUUAAAACCAUGUAGUUGUCCUUAAUGAUACUAAGAAAAAAAUAUUUUACCUGAUUUACGCAGAAGAGGCAAAAAGACAAAAUAAUAAACAUACCAGACACAUACUGUACGAUUAUUGCUGGAGAAUUUUCUUAAAAGAAAUUGAAUAUUUAAUAUCAAAUGACAUUAUAUUCCAAUUCAUGGGAUACUGGAAAAAAACAGUCAUAUUUAUACAACCACAUCUGCCUGACAUUUUUAAUGCCAUAAAUACACAGAAGUCAAGCAGUAACAGAAAUAUUCUAUUUAACCUAAACUAAGUUCAACAGACCAUGUGGCUGGCUUUCUGUAAUGGAUACAUUUAUGCUUUUGAAUAUGUACAUUAUUUUAUUCAUGCUGCAGAUUUUGUGUCAUUAAUACUUUGCAUUGCAGUGGAAAAACAUUAUUGAGAGAAAUAAAGAUUUUUACUUUGUCAUCA